AGGUCAUAACUAGUUCAAGAUGGGUAUUUCUCGUGACUCUAGACACAAGAGAGCAGCUACCGGUGCCAAGAGAGCUCAAUUCAGAAAGAAGAGAAAGUUCGAAUUGGGCCGUCAGCCAGCUAACACCAAGAUCGGUGCUAAGAGAAUUCACACUGUCAGAACCAGAGGUGGUAACAAGAAGUUCAGAGCCUUGAGAAUCGAGACCGGUAACUUCUCUUGGGCCUCUGAGGGUGUUUCCAGAAAGACCAGAAUUGUCGGUGUCGUCUACCACCCAUCUAACAACGAGUUGGUCAGAACCAACACCUUGACCAAGUCUGCUAUUGUCCAGAUCGACGCCACUCCUUUCAGACAAUGGUACGAGUCUCACUACGGCCAGACUUUGGGUAAGAAGAAGAACGCCAAGAACGUCGAGGAGACCACCAAGUCCAGAAACGCUGAGAGAAAGUGGGCUGCCAGAGCUGGCGACGCCAAGAUUGAGGGUGCCGUCGACUCCCAGUUCUCUGCUGGUAGAUUGUACGCUUGUAUCUCUUCGAGACCAGGCCAGUCCGGCAGAUGCGACGGUUACAUCUUGGAGGGUGAAGAGUUGGCCUUCUACGUGAGAAGAUUGACCGCCAAGAAAUAA